AAACCUUUUUCUAGAUUGCAGAUGUAUCACUGAGCACGAAAGCUUUUCAAACGUGAUGCUAUGUAUCACUGAGCACGAAAGCUUUUCAAACGUGAUGCUGGACAGGGGUGUUCUGUGGACUGCUUUGGUAUCGUUAUAUGACAGGGAAAAUGCAUCGUUACCAUGUGAUAGGGAUAACGUACCUAGCCAAUCAUAUCGCUACGCAUCGUACAGACAGUUUAGUUGGUUCAUCCAUACUAGGUUGGGACGAGGUGUGCGGAGAGUCAUUCCUGCUUGUGUCGUUGCUAAAAUAAGAACAGCCUUCCCUUCUGAAAGUGGUAAUUACACUGUGUUUAGAGAGGGAGGAACGAAUGUUGCCGAGAUUGAAAUGGUGUGGCAAUUUGCAGCUCGCGAAGACGAAAGCGACUAAACCGUUCAUUAGUAUACGUGUAAAAUAUCCAUGUAAAUAAAUUAUGUAUGAAAAUAUUAUGUAAAUAAUUAUAUAAGCUAAAAAAAUAAAAAGUCACUACAGUAUCAAUAUCAAGCAUAGAGUAUAUAUAACGCAACGGAUUCAUGUUUUGUGCGAAAUUUUGAUUCUUACCGCUCUUCUGACUUUUUCAACCACAAAUCGUUGAAUGAUACAUCGUGCAAUUCUUCUUCAUUUGUUCAUCAUCUUCGUCUACGUUGUGUAUACAACUCUUGUUGCUGCUUGUUAUUGAAGAUAAUCCCAGCAUGUUGGCGAAGAAUUCUGG